CGCGAGUUGAAUUGUGCGGAACCAAAUUGAGCUGAAUUUAGCUGACAUACAGUUGACAAAUAACUAGAAACGGUUAAAGGAAAAGUGAAGAUUAACGAGAUUUUUAUUUAAUUAAAACAUAAAUUUAUAAACAGUAUUGAGUGAAUUUGUGGAUUUAAAAUAUAAAAAUAAAUAAAAGGGAUUAGAGAGAAACUCAUAAAUAAUGUGAAGAGCCAGUGAAUAAUAAAUAAAAUAAAUAAAUACAAUUAUUAAAAAUAUAAAUUACAUAUUUGAGACGAGUAAAUCAAAUCUACUCAUAAUACGAAAAUUGUAUCGAUUGCAUGGAGAACUUUUAACAAGUUUCUUUCGCAACUUUAUAUACUAACAUACAUACAUUCUUAACUUGAGGCCACCUCUCAAUUGGAACAUACCAUGCAAUCUCAACAGGAAGAUACCCUGGGUGCUGAGGGCACCAAACGUUAUGGUCACCGCCGUACACCCACACUGGGCAAAGCUAUGCCUGUCACAUCAUUACUGCUACAUUUUCCGCCACCUACCAUGUCUUCUAUGCGUAACAGUUACAUGCGUGAUGGACGUACACCGGAUGAGGAGCGACCGCCGCUAUUUUUUCAACUAGAACCUAAUUCUUACUCAAGCAAUACGUAUGAUAACCAUGCUGCUGACAAGGACAACAGAAAUGACGAGGCGCAUUCUUCGAGUGAUGAGCUCAACCUUGAAAAGGAAUACGACUUACUCGUCUCAGAGUGUAGCAGCAAUGGUGAUGAUGGCUCAGACAAUGAGCACGCCGUAUCUAUAGUGGGCAAUUCAGUUUUCUAUACACCCUGUAUGACGUGUACUGAUAGUGCGCCAGGCGAUAUGGGCGCACGCGCCACAGCCAUCAAUGAGAUGUGUCGUCGGCUAUGCACAGAUGAGUGUCGAUUGCGUUUGAGUUUGGCCGGUUUAGAGCCGCCAUCCGCGGUGGCCUUGAAAUCUCAGAAGACUUUGGCUGAGUAUGUGAAAGAAACAUGUCUUCAGCAAAGACCACAACUGCAACACACUCACUCAGUGGAUACAGUAUGUGCCAGUUCAUUGCAUGAAAACAAGGCGGACGGUGUAGAUGAAGUCGAUAGAGUAGCGGCAGUUGUAGAAAGAUCAAUAACUCUCCCCCAUCAGUUAGCCACGUCCGCCACUAUAGCAGAGACGCCUACGAAUAGUAUGCGGCCGCCCUCAUGUAUUGCCAUUCAACGUAAAAAAUUUCUCACGGAUAUUUUAACAGCAAACACGAACGAUACGGACAGUGAUUCCAGUUUUGUUGACGAAAUAAAGGAAAAGGCUGGAAACGAUACGAACAAAUUCAUUCAGUUUGUCAAUAAUUUAAGCAAGCCAGCACGUGAUCUGGCUGAUGGAACCGCCACGAUCAAACCAGACGACGAACGCAACGAUGGUGGUCGCACUCACUGUCACAACGACAAAGCUGCGACUGGCCCAGUCGUUGAUCAACAUGAGAUGGCCAUGCUGAAGGACUUCCGUGAGAAAUUCGCAAUUGCGGAAGCAUUGGCAAAGACCUCAGCAAUGACCUCUACGGUGCAAAUGAAACAACGUCUGGCGGCGCGACAACUGGAAAUUACGAACGCAAAUGCGAAUGCUGCCAAAGCGGCCGCAGCAGCAGCGUUGGCGGGCAAUGUAACGGCGCAUGCAUUCGAUGUCGAAGCAAUGGCAAACAAAGACGGCUGUGUGUCGCCAACGAAAAAACAAAAAGCGAAACCAGAAAAGCACCGACAUCGCAGACGUGGAGAGCAACAUAAAAAGCGACAACAACAAAGCCAACAAAAAGGUGUGCCGCCGGCCAAUUUUGCGCCAGCACAAAACGCAUUCACGCACUCCAACAACAAUAACGCGUUUCAUUCGAUCGACGUGAACAGCCGCAUUGAUAACAACAACGAUAAAGACAACAACUAUCACGAUGUAUGCGCUGAGCGUCGUAGCGACGAUACCGCAAAUGUGCAUAGCGAAUGCGAUGAACGCGACCACGACGAUGACGACGACGAAAAUGGCAGUGACAGUGACUGCAACUGUGACUGUGACAGUGACAAUGACGACGAUUUUGGUAUCGUCGAUGCAGACAAUGUGGCUACCAGAAAACAACAGCAACAACAGGCAAAUAUUGUAAACGAUUACGAGCCACCGCGGGAUUUGCUUUUAUAUCUUGUGAGGAUGGGCUCAUUCAACUCAGCACCGAAAAUCAACAAUGUCGACUCGCAGGAUGACAGCCUAGAGAUACCGAAAGGUCUAAAUACCACGGAACUGUUGAAACACGUCAAACAUUUGAGGGGUAUACAUCAGCCACAAUUGCUAUCCCGUUACUUUAUCAAGCCAUCUUUAACUAGUGACGUAACUGAUGGAUUGCGCUCAUUAAAGUUGAAUACAGUAGCCAAAGAUUAUAGCGUGGCCUCGACGUUACCCAAUCAUAUACGCGUUUUGCAGUGGAAUAUUUUAUCACAAACGCUGGGACAGAACAAUGACGGUUUCGUGCGCUGCCCAGAGGAGGCGCUGACUUGGGAGAAUCGCAAAUUUCUGAUCGUACAAGAGAUACUACAAUACAAUCCAGAUAUUAUUUGUUUACAGGAAGUAGAUCACUUCAAAUUUCUACAAACAAUUUUGGGCACACAAAACUAUGAAGGCAUAUUUUUUCCGAAACCCGAUUCGCCAUGUUUAUACAUUGAGGAGAAUAACGGACCUGAUGGUUGCGCCAUAUUCUUUAGACGCGACAAAUUCGAAUUGAAAAACUUCGACACGCGCAUUUUGGAGGUGUGGCGCGUGCAAAGCAAUCAAGUGGCGAUUGUCGUCAAUCUCGUCGUGAAAAGCACUGGUAAAGAGUUCUGCGUUUGUACAACUCAUCUUAAGGCACGCCAUGGUUCCUUGCUGUCAAAAUUACGCAAUGAGCAAGGUCGCGAUCUAUUGCAUUUCGUGAAACAGUUCUGUGGUGAAAAGCCCGUUUUGAUUUGCGGCGACUUCAAUGCUGAACCCACAGAGCCUGUAUAUGCGACAGUCUUGAGCGGCAAGCAGCUGCAAUUGGCCAGCGCUUAUGCUGAUAUCAAAGCCGAACGCGAUGAAUGUAAUAAUGACAGCGCUGAGGAGCAUAAGGCAAGCACAGAUUCGAGUGAUGAUGCUCAGACGCAGUCGGCGGAAGAGGAAGAAGCUGACGCAGAGCAUGUACAAUUGUGCGAUGAUAAAGUGAUCAAAUCAAUACAAUGUGAACCGCCAUAUACCACAUGGAAAAUACGUGAAGAUGGCGAAGAAUGUCACACAAUCGAUUAUGUGUUCUACACGCCUGAGCAGUUUAAGGUUCGCAAUUGCUUGGAGUUUCCUCGAGACGAUGAAGUUGGCAAAAAUCGCACACCGAGCUUCCAGUAUCCGUCGGAUCACUUCUCAUUGGUGUGCGACUUCGAAUUAUUAGAUAAGCAAUAAAUAUGUUUGAAAAUCUUGUAAUGUGGCUUUACAACAAACAUAAGGAAAGCAUAGCAUUAAUAGGAUUCUUCAGUUUUGCUGGAGCCGCACAACUUUCACUUCAUUGGCAUUCACGAAAUCAAUUAAAUAAUUGUGAUAUUAGUUGUUAGAUAUAUAUAGUACUUUAGACACACGUAGUUUCAUUGACAUACCAACUAACCGAGUAGAAUGCAAACUGAUAGAUUUUUUGUAAUAUUGACAGCAAUAAACCUUAAUAAAUAGAUGUAUAAUAUAUGUAAAUGGAUAUGUAUGUGGAACAAAUAA